GGUAGGCCUAAUUGUUCUAAACGACUGUCUUUUAGAGACCCAGUAAUCUUUCUUUUUUUUCAGUAAAAUGUAGAAAGAUUGGGGGUAAUUUUGUGUUUCCUUGCAUUAAUUUACUUGAUUUUGUUUUUGUUUGAAACUAAGCUCAACCCAUUUAUAAAGAGUUUUUACAGUCAGUCUACUUCUAAGUUGUAGAGCGAGUUUUAAUGAACAGAGCAAAAAUACAUCAAGAAAUUUGUGUUCAGGGCGAUAUUUGUGCCCCAUUUCUGUUGGACUUAGGUUUUAGUUAGGGUUUAAGGCCAUGAAGACCAUUUCAAUCAACCCCAUGUUGCAGAUACACUGUAUAUCAUGUACAACUCACCAGAAAUUGAUCAAUUUUUACCUACCCAAAACCUUUCUCUCUGUCUCUUACCCCAACACUCACUUUCUCUUAGAUUCCAAAGCCUUGUCUCUUUCUAAAACCGACCGCAAAACCUCAUCUUUCCUGGUACCCAUUUCCACUUCCUCUAAUCUAUUUUCAUGGCAACCUAGAUUCAGUAAGAUUAGAGCUGAAAACCCACAACGCUCUAAGCUCUCUGGCCUAAAGAGGUUAGGUGGGGCUCUUGUUCUUGUCUUUGUGGGAGGCAUUCUAUUUAUGCGAAGGUUUCGCAGCCCUUCAAUGGUAGAGCCCAUAAAAACCAAUGCUCAGGCUCCAUUAGAGGAGACAAUUGAUUUUGAGAAAGGGAAUUUUGAUGAUGAACUUUACGUGGACAUUUUGAGGAGAAACCCUCAAGAUGUUGAGGCUCUUAAGGUGCUUUUGUAUGGGAAAAUGAGAGAAGGGAAAACCAAAGAAGCUAUCAAAUAUGUUGAGAGAUUGAGAGAGGUUGAACCAGGUGAAGUGGAGUGGAGGCUUAUACAGGCCCUGUCUUAUGAGUUGAUGGGGCAGUUGAGUAAGGCCAAGAGGUUGUUCAAGGAGAUCCUUGAAGAGAACCCGUUGCUCCUUAGAGCUUUGCAUGGGUUGGCGUUGGUGUUGCACAGAAAAGGGGAAGGUCCUGCUGCUUCCGAAAUGUUGGAUAAGGCUUUGGUCCAGGCUCGGCGUGAGAACAGGGUUACUGAGGAGCGGAACAUUAAAAUUUUGAUUGCACAAAUGCACGUUGUGAAGGGGGAGUUGGAAGAGGGCUUGAAGAAAUUCCAAGAUUUGGUCAAUGAGGACCCUCGAGAUUUCCGGCCAUAUCUUUGUCAGGGAAUCAUUUACAGCCUACUAGACAAGAAAAAAGAAGCAGAAGAACAAUUUGAGAACUAUCAGAGCCUUGUGCCGCAGGAAUUCCCUCAAAGAAGCUUCCUUGACGAUGUCAUGGUUGCUGCGAAAACGGAAUCACGAGAACAACUUAAUAAAGAGUUUGCGAAUGAAUACUCGCCAAAAGAAUAGAAUCUUGGUGCCGUGCCUAUCUUUAUGCUGAAACCUUAAAAAGGUGGAUGACGAUGGGUGAAGAGUGGGAAAGGCGAAAGAAAGAUAAAAAGAGUUUGGAAUGGUCUGUGAGGUUUCGAUUGAGCCUGAAUUUGCGUAUAGGAACACACACUUCCGCAAAUUUUGUCAACAACGCAAGUUUGUGUAUACUGUUGAAUGUCAUAAUAUUUUUGAGACCAAACUUCUCCAUGUUUGCUGUUCAGCUUAUAAUUCGCUCACACCUUUCUAGCCA